ACACCCCCAUGGAGGCUAAGCCUGCCCCUGCCCCCAUCUCGCUGGCCAGGCCCAAGGGACAGAAGGUCAAGGCAGAGCGCAAGGAGCUGGGGAAGCAGCAGGAGCCGACCCAGGCCGAGCUGGAGCAGUUUGCGGCUGAGUACGUGAAUAACUUGGUGAUGGAGACAGCACAGCAGCUGCAGGCAGAGCCGGACGAGCCGAGGGCGACGGUGCAGAGCGGGGGACACGAGCACGCAGGGUGCCACUUCUGCAGCCCGGACACCAGGGUGCUGCUGGGGAAGCUCCUCCAGCGCUGCAAGAAGCUCGAGGAGCAGAUGGAGUCCCUGGCCCAGAAGGCGGGCGGCAAGGUGGACAAUUAUCCAAAGUGGAGGAGACAGUCCCUGCAGCAGGACGAGCAGAUCAAGUGCCUCCAGGCCAGCAUCAUGCAGCUCCAAAAGGACUAUGAGAAGUUCAGCUCGGCCCUAGCAAACUUCCAGCAUGAUCGCCAGCAGGAGCAGAAUGACAUCAAGGCUCUGUCCCAGGCCCUGGAGAGAAUCAAGAAGCAGAAAGCAGACAAGGAGGAGCUGCUGGUGCUGGGAAUCGAUGAGAAAGCAGACAAAGACAAAGUCAGUCGCAGCCAGUUUGAGGCGUGCGUGGAGCAGCUGAACAAGGUGAUGGAGGAGGUGACGGGCCAGGAGAAGUUCUUGCACCGGUUCCAGCAAGAGCUCCAGAGGCAGAUGGACUGCAAGCUGGACCGCCGGGAGCUGGGGGCGUUCCAGCAGCAGCAGGAGGAGCGGUGGAAGAGCCUCAGCAGGCAGCUCCAGGAGAAGGCGCUGAAGCCAGAGCGUGACAAUGCCGCUGGGAUUAGGAAGCAGCUGCUGCCUGGUUUCCAUUGCCUGUCCUGUGACCGGCCCCUCAACAUGCUGGCACCUGGACCGGAGCGGACGGGCGAGUGCAGAUACCCCACUGUUACGCGGAGCUGUGGGGGCCCACACACUGUCAGGCCCCCGCGCUUCCAGCCCCAACCGCCCAGCACCCCACGGCCAUCCCAACCCAGUGCCCGCCGCCCCAACAAGAAGGACGCGAUGCAUCUGUCGGGCCAGGACGGCACUGAUGGGAACCAACCGAACAAGCAGCCGUCUGUAACGGAGAGCUCUGGGCUGCCCUCAAGGCAAAGGGGGACGCCAGACACCACAACCUCGAGCAGCCAGCCAAGCACCGCCUCCCCGCUGCUGUUAGCCGUGCUGAAGUGCCAACCAGCCUCAUCUCCCGGACGCCUCACCCUGCCACCGAAGCUGCUGCCACACCGCAUUAAAUCAGCGCCCUGACAGCCGGGCAGGACGGGGGUCCCGGCCCCGGUCCCACCGCCCCGGGCGCUGAGCAGGCAGCAGCUGCAAUAAAUGGCGAUGGGCAACCAA